AUGAACUUUGUGAAGGCGACCGAGUCAAUACCGCUGUUCCAGCUGCCCGCACAUCUCGCCUCGUUCCCCAGGCACUGGCCCUUUCCCCGCGGUGACGCAUACCACUGGAUCCCCGCCCUGAACCGCUUCGACCACAUCCUCGAGCUCUUCAACAAGGAAUAUGGCCUGGUAGACGGACCCCAGACACAGGCCUUCCAGCGCCGGCUGCUGCUCAAAGGCGAUGCCGAGGAAGGAAGCACCAGCUCCGAGCAAACCACGACCGAUGCCGUCCUGGAUACCCUGCACGUAUCACGGGAUGGCGAUCGCGAGCUGGUCGAGCAGAUCCUCAACUUCACGCGGAUGCUCUUGGAGAACUGCGGGAACCGUAGUCUGUAUUCCAGCAGUGAGCGCCUGGACAAGCUGCUCAACACGACCUCCACAUCCCUCCUCAAGGCCACGCUUCGUCUAGGCCAUCGCCUCGCUCAGCGCUAUGCUGCCGCACGCAUGCGCUUGGCCCCGGCCACCCUGCACCCGUCCCUUCUUUCCAGCCACUACAACAUCAACCUCGACAAGGUCCAGAAGCUGGCUAGCCCAUUCGCAAAAGGCCCUGCAACGGCAGCACCUGUCUUCGGCACUCCAGCAGGCAAGGGCAAGGACCGCGCUGGCAGCACUGAUAAGGUCAGUCCGUCCGACCUAGUCGCUCUGUACUCUCUGUCCGAGUCGUCGAUGAAGCAGGAGUUCGGAGGCGUCCUCAUCUCGUACUAUGAGCCCACCCCCUCGUCCGAAGCAGAGAGUGGCAAGCAGGCAUCUACAGAGGCACCCGCGCCCACCACGCCGACUCCCCCCCAGCCUGCACCCGCUACCGAUUCGCCGAGCACACCUGCCUUCACUCCCGGACAACCCAGUAAUACAACGAACGGGCCCAAGACUUUCCAGCUCUCAGCGGACAAGGUACACAAGACCGACAUACACGACCUCAUAAAGGAAGGACUCGCAAGUUUACCGGAGACGGUGCAUUACGAAUUCCUCCACAAGCUCCGCAUCGCAAAGAUGUUCAACGAGGGACGCACAGGGCGCGACAGUGCAGUUGCCAUCCGCCUACUGUCCAUUGCGAACAUCGGUUACGUACACGUCGAAAAGGAGUUCAUGGCCAAACUGGGACAGCAAGAUGCAGACGAACCACGCCGGUUGCAACUUGCCUACCAACUCUCUGAGCUCGUCCAUCCGCCUGGAAACGGCGAGACUGGCAUUUCGAUGGAGCUGCAGACAUACACCAUGAGCGCGCUCGAGGCCCUUGCAAAGCACAAGUCUAAAGCGGCUGAUGUUUGCACCGCCCUUAGUGUCAACGUCAACCAUGGUGUGUUGUUCUACGUUGUGCGCAAGCUGGUCGCUGGCCUUGGCGAGGAAACUGGUAACCCGGAUGAUAUCGAGGAGGACGAGUGGCGCGACGCUUUGUUCUCUCUGCUGAACACUCUGCCGACGUCUCAAACACGCACUGGUGAGCAGAUGGUGGCUGCGGGGCUCCUGGAAAUUCUUGUCGAUGUCCUUAAGCUGCGUACAGCAAAGGCAGAGCGCAACCACCCCAAGAUUCUCAACUUCCUUGAUACCUUUGUGUACAACCUGCGAGACGCCUUCUCAGCCCUCGUGGCCGCGAAGGGGCUCGAAAUCAUUGCUGAUCUGAUGCAAUACGAGGUCGACACCUCCAAGAAGCUCGCAGAGGAGGACAAGGGUAUGCCCAAGGAGUACAAGACUCAGCUUACUGAUUAUCAAAUUCCGUUCUAUCACCAGCAGAGUCUACGCUGGCUUUUCAAGUUCCUCAACCACAUGAUGUCGCACACAGGCGGAAACUUCGAUCGCUUGAUGCGGAAUUUGCUUGACUCACAACAGCUGCUCAGCAGCUUGCGCACUGUGCUAUCAAACGCCAAGACGUUCGGCUCAACUGUUUGGAGCAUGGCUGUCACGAUCCUUACCAGCUUCAUCAACAAUGAACCCACUAGCUACCAAGUCAUCGCCGAGGCAGGUCUGAGCGAUGCGUUCUUGGAGACAGUCGCGGGAGAGCCUGCUUCAGAAUCGACGGCUGCAGCCAACAAUGACCCCAGUGCUUCAACACCAACGACAUACGCUCCUAGGGAGGGCGGAAAGCCACUUGCCGAGGGUAUCUUGCCUGUAGCUGAAGCCAUCUCGACCCUGCCCCCGGCUUUCGACGGUAUCUGCUUGGCUGAAGCUGGUAUGAAGCUGUUCCAGUCAUCGACCGCCCUCCAGCGAUUCUUCGAGAUCUUCGAGAGCCCUGCUCACAUCAAAGCUCUUGACGCUGAUACGGAGAUGCCUACCCUGAUCGGAAACUCUUUCGAUGAGCUAGUGCGCCAUCACCCGCCUCUCAAGGCACGCGUUCUUGCCUGUCUAAGCGAGCUGAUCGCGCGUGUGGUCCAACUUUGCGCCGACAAGGCUGAGAAGGAAGGUGUAGGAGCCAAGCUCUGGAUCGAGGAUGCUGCUGGAAAGCUCACCGUGGCAGGCGGCCGCCAAGCUCUUUCUGCAUCAGGCUCGCAGCAAAGUACAACUCAAGCAUCAGGGACCACAAGUACUGAUGUGGAGAUGAAAGAUGCUGAUGGGACUGCUAACGAACCAGUCGCUUACAGUCAAAUCACCGAGACUGAGGACAGCACCAAGGGCCCUACCACCGGCCAGUACAUCCGCGUACUCUGCCGUUUCCUCUCUGGGUUCUUCUCAAACCACGCCAUGUGCGCUGCGUACGUCGAGCUUGAUGGUGUAGAUUCUAUCCUUGACAUUUCGAGUCUCGCUUGCUUAGAUCCAAAAGCAAGCGAGUACCGCAGCAUGUGCGAGCAAUUCGGCCACGUUGUCCAGGUACUUGUUGAGCAGAAGCCCCAUAUUGCGGUGCCUUCUCUGAUCAAGCGGACACAAGUGGCCUUGGAGCGCCUGCAACCACUCCUCGAUCACACCGGCAAGCAAGCCUUCUUCGCACCUUUCACAAGCACCGGUACUUCCCAGAGUCCAGAGCAUAUGCAGCAAGGUACACAAUACGUCAAAGCACUAGUGUCGGCCCAUACCCUCGUCGGAGCCAUGACCUUGACCUUCCAGAGCCAGAUGUACACCACCCGUUCCUCUCAUAAUGUAUCUAGUCAAGUCAAUCUUGCGGACAUGUACGCACGUCUUGUGGACAGUCUCGGAAAGCUGCAUCGAAGCUGUGUUUGGGAAGAGCUUUUGCUCCAGCGCAACAUGCCCACAGAAUGGGAGAAGGAGACGCGGAUCACCAGUUCUGGUUUCGGCAACGAUGAAGCCGAUAACGUGUUCCGCCUUGGAAACAGUGCGACCGAACCACCUGCCAACGGAGACGCUGCUGCCUCUGGCUCAGCUUCUGAGAUCACGGCUCCAAGCCAGAACAGUGCACAAUUCAAGAACACGCAAACUCUCCGCAAUUUGCUUAGUAGGAUACCGAUGGAAGUCGCACCGUUCUUCCAGUCGCUUGGCAAACUACUCUUGUUCCGCCGCAGUCUUGAGGCUUACCAGAGGCAAUGUGCAACGGUCGUGUCAGACCAGCUUGCCCAGGCAGUCAUUGACCAGCUCGAGUACGAAGGUCCCAAGGAAUCAGAGAUCAUUGAGGACCGCUAUGCGUACUGGAUCAUCAUUCUUACUUCGCUGUCACAGCUUAUCGUGGAGGUAAACCUCGAUCGAUCGCAAGCGUUGACGUUGCUGCUUGUGUCCUUCCGCAACCUCGGUGGAUUUGACGUUCUGGCGAACAUCCUCAACCAGUUCUACGAAUCGGCGCUUGAGAUCACCCAGAAGCAGGCAGAAGAUACUAGUGAGGAGUCAAAGCGAGUGCUCAACCUUUCUCUCGGAGGUAUCAAGAUCAUUCUGGCCUUCUUCUCCCAGAUCAUCAACUUCAAAGUCAUCUCAGAGUCGCCACAGACGUCAUCGAUGCAAACCCGGCCGGAUCGCGAUCGGGAGCGGGCUGAUCACUUCUUGACUGCUCAGUUCCUCGUUGAGAUACGCUACGCCGUUAUCGUGCCUGUGGAAAAGAUCUGGAAUUCUGAUCUCAUGGAUAAGGCUACCACGUCGUUGGUGAAGACGUCUGUCAACAUACUGAAAUCUGUUCUCGAGUGCGAAGGUGAGCAUGGAGCUUACAAGAGCAUCGAUAAGAUUCCAAAGCGUAGCAAGCCCAUAAUCAAGCCUUGGACUGCCCGAAACGGAGACCACUUACCACGCUUGAAAGACAAGGGAUACGAGGAGAGCCUUGCUGAAGAAGCCUUGUAUCGAUGCUGCGACAACUUCAACAUGGCGGAGGAGUAUUGCAAGAACCAAAUCCGUCCAAGUGCCUCAAGAAAUCCUAUACCACAGUAUGAGAUCCAAGCGCGAGGCCCGCCAUCCGCUUCACCAAGUCGAGCCGAAGUGGUGGUUCCCGAACACCCGGACGAUGCUAGCAUGACAGGGAGCGAAGUAACGCGGGAUGAAGAUGGUUCUGAGCACCCGGAGACACAGUCCGUCCACAUGGAAGACGCCGACGCUUCGACUACAGAAUCAGAGGCGCCUACAUCUACUACACCUGUACCCGGUGAUCAGUCAAGCCAAACCCCCGCUGCGCCCCAGGACGCUCUUGCUUAUCAGAAGCGGAUGGCUAACGGCAAUUCGACCCAGCUCGUUGCCAUAGACCAGCUGGAUGAGCAGCGAGCCAAGCUCCGCCAGAACCUCGUUGAUCGAUGUCUCGACAUGCUCAACUCACACGACGAUGUCACCUUUGAGCUGGCAGAUCUCAUUAUUGCCGCCGUUUCGAAAGCGCCCGACCCACCCGAGAUGCGUGCCGAGAUCGGUAUGAUGCUCGUGCAGUCUCUCAUGUCGCUACAGAGUGAAGACGAUUUCCGAACCCAGAGCAAGAAGAUAGCAGCUUCGGCCCAUCUCCUAGCGUUGGUGCUUCAAGAAAAGGAUUUCUACGACGUUAUUGUUGAACAGCUGAAGGAACACUUCACUACCUUGUUGGGCUUCAUCAAAAUCUUUCCAGAUCAGUCUCCGGAGGAUUCGUCACCUUGGAUUGGCCAGGUCUUGCUUAUCGUCGAACGACUACUGGCUGAGGAUCAACUUCCGCAUCAAGUUCAAUGGACUCCGCCGACAGAAGAGUCCCAGGAAGAGACCACAGUCGACGAUCUACCGCAACCUAUCGUCAGUAUGGAGGAGAAGGAUCUGCUUUUCAACGCAAUCAUCGAGAUGUUGCCUCGCAUCGGCAAAGAUGAGUCGCUGGCUCUGUCUGUGACACGAGUACUAGCCAUGCUUACUCGUACGCGUAAGAUUGCCACGCGUCUUGCGGAGAAGCGCAACGUUCAACGUCUGUUCCUCAUGGUAAAGCAGCUUGCUGGUAUCACCAAUGAGGGCCUUCGAAGCGCUUUCAUGAUUGUGCUUCGUCACAUGAUUGAAGAUGACGAGAUGAUUCGACAGAUUAUGCGUACCGAGAUCCAGCAGAUGUUUGAGUCGCGCGACCGAAGGCAGACAGACACUACUGGCUACACUCGCCAGAUGUACGCGCUAGCCAUCCGUGCGCCGGAGAUCUUCGUUGAAGUCACCAACGAGAAGCUUCAACUUAAGGGAUUCGAUCCUAAUCAGCGACCGCAAACUCUUAUUCUUAAGAAGACCGACCCACCUGCGACUGAGCCAACCGAGCCAACAAGUGUUGUUGAGUCUUCAGAGGUUACUGCUGAGGCCGAUAAACCCAAGGAGUCUAGCGAAGCGCCUAAGCAGCCGUUCCUUGAGCGAACAAAGACUUCAGAUCUCAAGGUGCCUGUAGUUGAGAACCCCGAUGGUGUUAUUCAUUACCUUCUCUGCGAGUUGCUAGCCUACAAGGAGGCUGAAGAUAAGCCUGAGCCCGCUAAGCCUACCGAGAAGCCCGCAGAAAAGCCUGCAGAGGAUGUAGCUGAAGGGCAAGCAAGCAAAGAGUCUAGCUCGGACGCCGCCACUGCGACCCCAGCUGCCGCACCUACAGAGUCUGCUAAGCCCGAGAAGCCUGUGUUCAAGGCUGAAGCACACCCAAUCUACAUCUACCGGUGCUUCAUCUUGAAGUGUCUCGCUGAACUUCUGCAGAGCUACAACCGCACGAAGAUUGAGUUUAUCAACUUCUCCAGGAAGGCAGACCCUUACACUGUGACACCAUCAAAGCCUCGCUCCGGUGUCCUGAACUACCUUCUCAACAACGUGGUGCCUAUCGGCAGCUUGAGCCAUGAAGGCGACCUUGCGUUCAAGAAGAAGCUGGCGACAUCGAACUGCGCCAUCGACGUCAUCGUUUCACUGUGCAACAAAACGGGAGAGUUCGUUCUGCCGAAAACCGACGUACCAGUGUCGCCAUACACAGAAACUGAGCCAGACCUGCUUUUCGUACGCAAGUUCGUCCUUGAGCAUGCUCUGAAGGCGUUCAAGGAUGCAAACGCUUCGGAUGAACCACUCGACAUGAAGUACUCUCGUCUGUUGAGCAUCGCCGACAUCUUUAGUAGAAUGGUGUCGCAGCGUCCCAAUGGAGAGAUGCUUACUCAGAACGCCGAUCUGACACCCAACCUGAAGCAGAUGGCCAAGAUCAUGUACGAGAAGAACUUUGUCACUAUCCUGACAACAGCGAUUUCGGACAUUGAUCUCAACUUCCCAAAUGCCAAGCGAGUGGUUAAGUACAUUCUCAAGCCUUUGAAGUGGCUUUGCUACGUAGCCAUGGAUCUGAGCAUGCACUAUGAUACUGGUUCAGCCCCAGACUCCGCCGACGAGUACGAGAUCUCGACAGCAUCCGACGACGAUCUUGUUGAUAACACACGCGAAGAGACGCCUGAUCUGUUCCGCAACUCCACGCUCGGCAUGUUUGAAACUGGUGACUCGGAAUCUGACGAAGACUCUGAAGACGACGAGGGUGAGGAAAUGAUGUACGACGAUCCUUACGCGGAUGACAUGGAGUACGACGAGGCUGAUAUCGGUGACGACGAUGUUGUUUCUGAUGACGACGAAGAGAUCCUCGGGGAGAUGGGUAUGGACAUUGACGGUAUGGGUCCUAUCGAAGGUCUCCCCGGCGACAUCGAUGUCGAGAUCGAGGUUGACGACGAUGGCAACCAAAUGGGAAUGGGCUCUGAUUCUGAUGAAAACUCUGAUGACGAUUCAGAAGACGAUGAGGAUGACGACGAAGAUGACAUGGAUGACAUGGACGAUGGAGGUGAUGACGAUAUGGACGACAUGGAUGAGGCCAUGGAUGCCAUGGAGGAAGUCACUGGUGAUGACGAGAACGCCAGUCUCGCUGAAGAUCAAGAAGAUGACUGGAGUGAUGAUCAGGACGACUUCCCAGGUGGUCCUAACGGCGAGGGCAACAUGGGCCCUGGCGCGCUCGGCUUUGUCCUUGAUCCUCCUCAGCUUCUUGAACAAAUGCGUCAACAAGGUGGAGAUCUCGAAGACUUCUUAGAUGACGAGAUGGCGGAAGAAGGUCCGUUGCUUCAUAGGAUAGAACGCUUAUCACGGUCGCUAACCCAACUAGAUAUGGACGAGGAAGAAGAGGAGUACGAUGAAGAAAUUCACUACGAUCCUGGAAUGGAGGAUGAAGACGAUGCUAUGCCCGAGAUGGGGUGGGGAGGUAGCUGGGAAGACGCUCAAGCUCCUGCUGUUCGACAUACCCACCGCCUCAGCCCAUGGAUGUUCCCCGCAGGGCCAGGUGAUCGCAUUCUUGUACCAGCUUACCGUUCGCAUCGCCCAGGUGCGGGUCCUCGUGUUACUGACGACGGUAUCAACCCCUUGCUUCAGCGAGGUGGUCGCUCUGCUGGACGAGAUGGUCUACCGCGCAACGAAGGCCAGAGCGACUGGGUUCAUGCUAUUGAAGGCCGUGGUCCCCGCGUUUUCAGCCAAUCUGACAGCCCAGUCUCGUUCAUCAGCAAUCUUUUGAAUGCUAUGAGCUCUACUACUGGCCCGACAAUACACCAGCACGGAGGCGCAUUGCACCUUUCUUUCGCCAAUCCCAUGGGUAUGCCACCCUUCGAUAGCGGGAUGCGACGCGAUAUUGCUCGCAUGCGAGAGUCGUACACAUCACGCACUGCUCGCGAAGACCCACAUUCUGCGGUAUCAUUCGUCAAGGCGUACACCAGCCAGCGCUGGCAGGAAGAAGCCCGGAUCCUAUUCGGUCCUGGCGCGAUAGAGAAGAGCCAGCGAGUGGUCAACUCCAUUCUGAAGGUCAUGGUUCCUCCUGCCAUGGAAGCGGCGAAGAAGCGACUGGAGGAACGUCAGGCUGAGGUCGCACGCAAACUCAAGGAAGAGCAGGAACAGAAAGAGCAGAAAGAACGUGAAGAGCGCGAGAAGCGUGAGGCGCAAGAGAAGGAGGACCGUGAGCGACAGGAACGUGAAGCUGCUGAGGCUGCGAGUCGAGCUCAAGAAGAACCCGCAGAAAGUGAGCCAAAGACUGAGGCUGAAACUGCACCUGAAGCACAAGCCAUGGAGGGCGUUGAGGUCGGAGAGUCCUCGUCAGCGCCCGCUGACGCCUCCGCUGCGGCUGAGCCCGCGCCUGCGGAACCUGCUGCGCCUCCAGCACCGCGAGUCACAACAACGAUUAGAGGUCAUGAGUAUGACAUUACGGAUUUGGGCAUCGACACCGAGUAUCUAGACGCUCUUCCCGAGGAUCUGCGCGAGGAAGUCUUGAUGCAGCAGGUAGCUGAACGUAGAGCCGAACAACGGGCUCAAGCGCGACGACAAGAGCAGCAACAAUCGCAAGCCCCGGCACAAGCACAAGCUCCAGCGGCGCCCGAGGAGGCAGGUCCAGCAGGUGAGGCACCUACAGACAUCAACCCAGACUUCUUGGCUGCUCUUCCUCCAGAGAUCCGCGAUGAGUUGCUUGCACAGGAGGCGCAAGAGCGUCGACGCCGAGAGCGGGAAGAGCGCCGCCGUCGCGACCAAAGCAGUGCUGGCGCCGCCCCUCCACAGGCAGAAGAUAUGGAUCCUGCAAGCUUCUUCGCAUCGCUGGACCCCAAUCUGCGAGCUGCUGUACUUAUGGAUACCGAUGAGAGCAUUCUGCGCCAACUUCCACCUGACAUGUCUGCGGAAGCUCGAGCCAUGGGAGGUGAUCGCCGGUUACACCAGUUCAACGACUUUGGCUAUAGACGUGAUCGCCGCGCGCAGCCAGACGACCCUUCACAGAAGAAGAAGACGCGUCCUUGCGUUCAAAUGCUUGACAAGGCAGGCGUUGCCACGCUCCUCAGGCUCAUGUUCAUCCCACAGCAAGGAAGCGCCAAGGGUAGCCUGAGCUCCAUCCUCCGCUAUGUCUGUGAGAACCGUCAAAACCGUGCCGAGGUCAUUAGCAUCCUGCUCUCCAUUCUUCAAGACGGUAGCGCCGAUGUGAAUGCAGUUGAAAAGAGCUUUGCUCAGUUGUCUAUCCGAGCAAAGCAGCCCCAGCAGCCAGCAGACAAGACCCCGAAGAUCUCCCGUAAGAAUGGCGCUCUAUCGAUCAACGCCGAUGUCUCUCCACUCAUGGUCGUUCAGCAAUGUCUCAACACACUUACUCAGCUGACGGAGAAGAACCCUGCCGUAUGGCAGUUCUUCCUUACUGAGCACGAGACUGGCGUCGGUUUCAAGAAUCGUGCCAACCGCAAGGGCAAGGCGAAGGAAAGCAAGGCGAACAAGUACCCAGUCAAUGCUCUCCUUACCUUGUUGGACCGCAAGCUUAUCGUUGAGAGCUCUACCAUCAUGGAGCAAUUGACAUCACUGCUCAAGGUCAUCACCGCACCACUUCAAGUCCUCAAGAAGGAGAAGGAGAAGGCUGCUGAAGACGCAAAGAAGGAGGCAGAGGCCUCUGCGGAGGGUCAGACUACUGACAAUGAGCCUGCUGAUACCACAACCACGGAAGCACGCCCAGAUGGUCAAGAUACGGAGAUGACGACUGCUCCCGGGAACGCUGCUCAGCCAGAUACCGCUACUGAGGGUGAGGGCAGUACUUCCAAGCCUGACGAGUCAAAGGCCGAAGAGGACAAGAAGAAGCACCGUACACUCACACCACCCGAUGUACCUGAAGCCAACCUUCGACUCGUCGCUAAGAUUUUGGCUGCUCGGGAGUGCAACAGCAAGGUCUUCCAGGAGACUUUGUCGGUUAUCAGCAACCUCUCGCCCAUCCCAGGUGCCAAAGAGAUCUUCGGUCAAGAAUUGCUUGGUAUUGCCAAGGAUCUUGCUAGCUCAACACUUCAGGAUCUUGCGAGCUUGACGGUUCAAGUUUCAAAGGCAAGUUCGCCUACUGACGUCCAAGGCAUCGCACUUGCCAAGUUCUCCCCAGCAAGCUCCGACCAAACCAAGCUGCUGAGGGCACUGACAGCGCUUGACUAUCUCUUCGACCCGUCGCGCGAUAGCAAGGACAAGCCUGAGGCCGCUGCAGAGGCACUUGAGCCCGCUCAGAAGGAAGACAUCCUCUUGACCCUAUACGAGGAUUCUGCUUUCGCGCCACUAUGGGAAAAGCUCAGCGAAUGUCUCACUGUCAUCCGCCAGCGCGGCAACAUGCUCAACAUUGCUACUACGCUGCUUCCGCUGAUUGAGAGUCUGAUGGUUGUUUGCAAGAACACCACACUCAAGGACAUGCCUCUGUCCAAGAUGCUUCCCAAGGAGUUCGCUUUGUCUAGUCCGCCACCUGAGAGCAGGAUGGAGAACUUGUUCUUCAAUUUCACUGAAGAGCACCGCAAGAUUCUCAACGAUCUUGUCCGCCAGAACCCCAAGUUGAUGAGCGGAACUUUCUCCCUCCUUGUGAAGAAUUCCAAGGUGCUGGAGUUCGACAACAAGCGCAACUACUUCAACCGAAAGCUUCAUUCGCGAGGUGGCGACCGACAACAACACCAGCCGCUCCAGCUCUCUGUUCGUCGAGACCAAGUCUUCCUAGACUCUUUCAAGUCGCUAUACUUCAAAUCGGCCGAUGAGAUGAAGUUUGGCAAGCUCAGCAUCCGCUUCCACGGCGAGGAAGGUGUUGACGCUGGUGGUGUUACCCGCGAGUGGUUCCAGUCAAUCUCACGCCAGAUGUUCAACGCCGACUACGCUCUCUUUGUACCUGUCGCUUCCGAUCGCACGACAUUCCACCCCAAUCGCCUUAGUUCGAUCAACCCUGAGCAUCUGAUGUUCUUCAAGUUCAUUGGUCGCAUCAUUGGCAAAGCACUUUACGAAGGCCGCGUCCUCGACUGCCAUUUCAGCCGAGCGGUCUACAAGCAGAUCAUGGGCAAGCAAGUCAGCCUCAAGGAUAUGGAGACGCUUGACCUUGAGUACUACAAGUCGUUGGAAUGGAUGAUUCACAACGAGAUUACGGAUAUCAUAACGGAAACCUUCUCAGUUGAAGUCGAAGCCUUUGGAGAGAUGCAAACCGUCGACCUCAUCGAAAACGGCCGUAACAUUCCCGUUACCGAAGAUAACAAGCACGAGUACGUCCGCCUCAUCACUGAGCACCGUCUUGUAGGCGCCGUCCAAGAGCAGCUCGAGAACUUCCUCAAGGGCUUCCACGACAUUGUGCCGGCAGAGCUGGUUUCCAUCUUCAGCGAACAGGAGCUGGAACUUCUCAUUUCCGGUCUGCCUGACAUCAAUGUGGAUGACUGGAAGAACAACACCGAGUACCACAACUACACGGCUGCCUCGCCACAGAUCCAGUGGUUCUGGCGCGCUGUCCGAACGUUCGAGAAGGAAGAGCAAGCCAAGCUGCUUCAAUUCGUCACUGGUACAAGUAAGGUGCCGCUCAAUGGUUUCAAGGAGCUCGAGGGUAUGAACGGCUUCUCCAAGUUCAACAUCCACCGCGAUUACGGCAGCAAGGAUCGUCUGCCAUCUAGCCAUACUUGCUUCAACCAACUCGACCUCCCUGAGUACGAGACGUACGAAGAUCUUCGCAAGGCUCUCUACACCGCUAUGACAGCUGGUGGCGAGUACUUUGGCUUCGCCUAA